UUAAGAGAAAAUUUUUCAACGAAAGGCAAAUCAGCAAAGAGCACUAAAAAGUCUUUGCCCCAUCUUGGAGGCCAGUCGUCUCCGUAGCUUGGAAAAAGAAAAACAACCAAAGAACCUUAAAAUGGUCUUUCCUUCAAUUUCCUAUUUAAAAUUUUUUUAAUGUUUUUCUUGUUGUUUUGAAUUAUGCUGUUGAAUAUUCAAACCAUGAUGUUGAAUUUGCCUUAUUUUUCUCUUAAUUUUCGUUUAUGAAGUACUGGGAAAUCUUCUCUCUUAGUUUCUCUGUGGAAAAGGAGGAUACUUCCUUAUAGUUUCCCAUACCCUUUUGCCUGUUCUAUGAUCUUCUUCGGUUAAAAUUUGAAAAAAUCUGAGGUUUAAAUUUUGAACUAUGGUUUAGUAGAUUUGGCAUUUUAAGCUGUUAUUAGCUGUACAAAUUGCUUUCUGCAAUUCUCCAUUCAAGUUUCGAUUUGAGGGGUUUCUUCAUGAUCAUGGUGAUGCGUAGCCGAAUUUUUUCUGUUCUUGUCAGUGUUUUAGUCUGGUUGUUGCUUGGCUGUAGUUUGAGCUAUGCGUCUCAAGAAGAUAUUGAUUGUUUGAGGAGCAUCAAAGAUUCACUUGAGGAUUCCUUUGGUUACUUAAAUUCUUCAUGGAAUUUCGACAACACUACUGAAGGAUUUAUUUGUAGAUUUACCGGGAUUGAUUGUUGGCACCCGGAUGAGAAUAGGGUUCUGAAUAUCCGGCUUGCAGAUAUGGGACUCAAGGGUGUGUUUCCUCAAGGAAUCGUAAAAUGCAAAAGUAUUACAGGCUUAGAUCUUUCAAGCAACAAACUCUAUGGACAUAUUCCAUCUAAUAUUUCUCAAAUUAUCAAGUAUGUCACUACCCUUGAUCUCUCAUCUAAUAAUUUCUCUGGAGAAAUCCCACCGGGACUCGCAAAUUGUAGCUUCUUAAACAUUUUGAAACUCGACUAUAACAGCUUGACGGGUUCGAUUCCUCCAGUACUCAGUUUGCUGAAUAGGAUAAAAACAUUUAGCGUGUCUAAUAAUCUCUUGUCGGGGCAAAUUCCAUAUUUUAAUGUUACAUUAACAGCAGAGGAUUUUGCGCAUAAUCCUGGAUUGUGUGGGAAGCCUUUGGAUCCUUGUCAGUUGACUUCAAAAGGCCCUAAAACUGGAAUUAUUGCUGGGGCUGCUGUCGCUGGGUUGACGGUUGCUGCAAUAGGUGUGGCUAUUGGUAUGUUCUUCUAUUACCGUAGAGUAUCUGUUAUGAGGAAGAAGAAGGAUGAUGAUCCAGAAGGAAACAAAUGGGCAAAGAGCUUAAAGGGAGAUAAAGGCAUUAAGGUUUCCUUGUUUGAAAAAGGAGUUUCCAAGAUGAGAUUAAAUGAUCUUUUGAAGGCCACUAACAGUUUCAGCAAAAAUAAUAUCAUUGGGUCAGGAAGAACAGGGACUAUGUACAAAGGUGUCCUCGAAGAUGGAACCUCGCUUAUGAUUAAAAGGUUACAGGAUUCUCAACACUCUGACAAAGAAUUUACAUCUGAGAUGGCUACUCUGGGAAAUGUGAAACACCGCAACUUAGUUCCCCUUCUAGGUUUCUGUGUUGCAAAAAAGGAGAGGCUUAUAGUUUACAGAUACAUGGCGAAUGGCACUCUCAAUGAUAAUUUGCAUCCUGUAGAUGAUGCUAACAAGGCUAUGGAGUGGUCCAUAAGGCUUAAAAUCGGUAUAGGGGCUGCCAAAGGAUUUGCAUGGCUCCACCACAACUGCAAUCCUCGUAUACUUCAUCGAAAUAUAAGCUCUAAGUGCAUCUUAUUGGAUGCAGAUUUUGAGCCCAAAAUAUCCGAUUUUGGUCUAGCUAGGCUUAUGAACCCAAUUGAUACACAUCUGAGCACCUUUGUGAAUGGCGAGUUUGGGGAUUUAGGUUAUGUUGCCCCUGAAUAUGCCAGAACUCUAGUGGCCACUCCAAAAGGAGAUGUCUACAGCUUUGGAGUUGUCCUUCUCGAGUUGGUGACUGGUGAGAAACCUACCCACGUAUCCAAAGCUCCUGAGAGCUUCAAGGGAAGUCUGGUCGAAUGGAUUACACAGCUAUCAAAUGAUGGGAAACUUCAUGAUGCUAUUGACACAUCCUUGCUUGGGAAGGGUGUUGAUAAUGAACUUUUCCAAUUUCUUAAAGUUGCAUGUAAUUGUGUAUUGCCACCUCCCAAGGAGAGGCCUACCAUGUUUGAAGUAUACCAGCUUUUAAGAGCUACUGGGGAGCGAUACAAUUUUACCACCGAGGAUGAAAUUUUGAUGCCUUCAGAUACUGGUGAUGCUGAUUAUUUAGAGGAACUUAUUGUUGCUCGAGAAGUCAACGAGAGUCAGUGAAGAGCUAUGGGAUAUGGUGAGUAUUGUAUCUUAGCAUAGUGCAUGUGUAAGUAUUUGCUCUUGUGCAUGUUUAAAUAAAGGUUGAAGUUACAUGUAUGAUGCUUUACUUACUAUUUCAACUUUCUACAUCCAGUACUCACUGUAAUUGUAUCAGGUAUAUUUUUUAGCAUCUACAUUAGGUCUUUAUGUCUGUUAUUUCAUAUUAGAAUCCUUCACCAAUGUCCUCGAGGAAAAAAAAACUUUAGAUUGAUUAGUAUCAUACGUAAUCUUUCGUGGCUUUCUCCCUAAAUUAUCAUGUAUGUAGGAUGAUUAGCUUCACACCAAUCAAAUGCUGCGUAUAAUGUAAUUAAGAUCACUUCACAAUUGUGGGAUCUGUUUUCCUUAUUGAUUAAUGUGAUAAUUUCUUGCUGAAGCCUUUUUCUCCUUUUAAUUCUAUUUGCAGAAUGAUAAGAUCUAGAUCAAGUGAAUGCUGUGUGUAACAUAAACUAGGCAUCUUAUAUGGUGGAACUUAAAGUCGUUUCCCUGUCUUUUAAUUGAUGAAAUAUGUGUGUGUGUGUGUGUGUGUGUGUGUCACUGCUGUUACUGUUGCACUUUUUUGGAUUAUGAAUCUUGGAAUUUGGCAUUUGAUGCUAAUAGCAGAAUUCUCGAUUGCACUGUUGGGAAUCGUAGUGCACCUGCAUAUAUGCCAGCAUGCCAUUUGGAGGCUAGAGUGAGAGUUAAAAUUGAAUAACUGCCAAAAAGAAACAUCUAGAUGCAUGCUGUUUUUGUUUCUGAUAAACUGGCUUUUGCAGCAUGAUUCUACUUUUCCAUUUCUUUUUCUAGAAUUGAUGCCAAGAAAAAGUGGACCUAUUCUGGAUUAGGAUUUAUGCUAUUUAGACAUAUAUGUAUGUGACUUUAAGGUUGGCAUAUUCCAUUGAUUUUUAUUGGUGAUUGAUGAAAUGGAAGGGGAUUUGGAGCAUUUUUCAAAGGCCACAAUCCAAAAUCUCAGUUUUAAAGUUAUCAGAUGAAAAUGGAAUAUUGAAUAAAGGUGGCAAAGGAUUUGUGUACAUGUAUUGCUUAGGAGUACUUGUUGAUUUCAGCAUCUUUCAAGGGAUUUUAGUAACUUUUGUUAUUAUCCUUCAUUUUGUGGGGAGAGCUAUACAGUAUUUGUAGAUGAUGUAUGGCUAGCAUCUUCUAGUUUUUUCAUUUCCUAUUGAAUGCUUGAUGCCCCUCUUCCUGUUUGAGUUAUAUAGCAUACUAGCUAAUUUCAUAUGGGGUUUCUUGGCCCUUUACGUAUAAACUCUAAACAUACCAUGAUAAAAAGGUGAUGACAAAUUCAGUUGGACAUGGACAUUGGACAGGUUAGGUUCUUCAAAAUGUAUGUAUUUGUGUGAUAUGAAGGGUGUAUAGCGGAUUGCCUCUAGGUUGACUCAGACAGUUUGUGGAGAGUCUUCUGCGGACCAUCCCACACAAAGGGUUGCUUGCAGACCGUUCCUCACAGAGGUGUCGUCCACGGACUGUCCAACAACUUGCCACAUGUGCUCUAGUGGAGGUAUAACAGUGUAUAUAUAUAUUAAAAUGAGACAAUAAAUGGUUUGGUUCUUCAAUCAUGGAAGCUUGUGGUGUUUCUUCCAAACAAUGAUGCAUGGUUCGCCCAUGGUUGCUUAUUAAAUCCUAACUCGCAUUACUGCUGGUCGCCAUUAUAA